UCAUUUCCCGCCUCCCCGCCCCACAACUCAAGCAAGGCAAGUCUCGAGUCCGCCUAAAUUAAGCAAGUCAUUCACUCUCCAGAGUAUGGCAGACAAGAAAAAGCGCCGCCGACCGGCGGACCCUGACUCCGACUCAAUACCCUUCAAGUCCAAACUCAAACCCGAUUCCGUCAUCCUCCAAGCCCUCAAAGCCCUAGCAGCAGCAGAAUCCACCCCCUCCGCCUCUACCAAUCCCUUAACCCUCGCCGACCUCUCUCUUUCCCAAGCAUGCCGUGAGGUCAGCGACCUCCCUCUCUCCUCCGUCCAGUCAACUAUUGAAUCCCUCGUCCUCAGCCUCACCCACUCCAUCCUCUCCGGCCAGGGCCUCUCCUUCUCCGUCCCCUCUCGUUCCUCCGCCAACCAACUCUACGUCCCCGAACUCGACCGCAUCGUCCUCAAAGACAAGUCCUCCCUCCGUCCCUACGCCAAUGUCUCCACCGUCCGCAAGACCACCAUCACCGCCCGCAUCCUCCAGCUCAUCCACCAGCUCUGCCUCAAGAGCAUCCACGUCACUAAGCGUGACCUCUUCUACACAGACGUCAAGCUUUUCCAAGACCAGACACAAUCCGACGCCGUCUUGGAUGACGUCUCCUGCAUCUUGGGCUGCACCAGGUCCAGCCUCAAUGUGAUUGCCGCCGAAAAGGGGGUGGUUGUUGGCCGGCUUAUUUUUAGCGAUAACGGUGAUUUGAUCGACUGCACCAAGAUGGGGAUGGGCGGAAAAGCGAUUCCCCCCAAUAUAGACAGGGUCGGGGAUAUGCAGAGUGAUGCAUUGUUUAUUCUGUUGGUGGAGAAGGAUGCUGCUUAUAUCAGGUUAGCUGAGGAUAGGUUCUAUAAUCGGUUCCCGUGCAUAAUCAUCACGGCCAAAGGACAACCGGAUGUGGCAACCAGGCUGUUCUUGAGGAAACUGAAGACGGAAUUGAAGGUGCCGGUGUUGGCUUUGGUGGAUAGUGAUCCUUACGGGUUGAAGAUCUUGUCGGUUUACGGGUGUGGAUCCAAGAAUAUGUCUUACGACAGCGCAAAUUUGACGACCCCUGAUAUUAAGUGGUUGGGGAUUAGGCCGAGUGAUUUGGAUAAGUAUAACAUACCGGAGCAGUGCAGGUUGCCGAUGACAGAGCAGGAUAUCAAGACUGGGAAGGAUCUGUUGGAGGAAGAUUUUGUGAAAAAAAAUCCUGGGUGGGUUGAGGAGUUAAAUUUGAUGGUGAAGACUAAGCAGAAGGCUGAGAUUCAGGCCUUGAGCUCGUUCGGCUUUCAGUAUUUGUCCGAGGUCUAUCUGCCCCUGAAACUGCAGCAGGAGGAUUGGCUCUGAAAUGACCUCAUAUUUCUCUUGGUGGAUGGAAAACCGUGCCGUGCAUCUGCGUUUUCAUUAGCAAAACAUCCUGAUUCGCGAUGCUAUUGUAUGGUUUUAUUCAACUGUGGUGGGAAAAAAGCUUCAGUUCAUUGAAAUAAACAAUUUUAGAAUUCUGAUGCCCAGGAGAAGUGUCUAAUCUUCAGUAUUUGAAGUUAAAUUGCUUUUUGGAUC